UAGGUGCAGCCCUUUGGAAGUCCUAUAGACAAUGAUCAGAGGUGGAUUAAACAGGGGACAAGAGAAGGUCAUUGGCGAGCAAAGGGAAUGAGAUGGUGUAUAUCUGUGAAUUAGAGAGGAAAUGUAAUGGAGGACUUAUACAAGGCUGCAACGUGUCGGUGGUUCAAGAUAAAAGUUGUGUAGCAGUUGUGUCACAGGGCAGUGUCCGUUUAUUCUGCCAAAUCACAACAACAGGCUGCGGAGAAGAUUUUAACACCUACUGGUUUCGCUAUUUGGUUUCUGGGCACCAAGAACUGAGUAAACUAGGACAGGACUCCAAGUUCAUUGCUACAAAGUCUGCCAAAACUGCCACGUUGGAGAUCAAAGACCUGCAACUGAACGACAGUGCGGUAUACGUAUGUGGAAUCGUCUUCACUAAUGCCGUAGCGACCGGUUCUGGAACUACACUGAUGGUAAAAGAGCACCGUGUUAGUACAGAUUGUAUUGUGCUGAUCUUUCUCUGUUGUGUGCUGCUUAUAUACAGCAUUGCUGUGUUUUUAUACACUUACAGGUCAAAAUUGAAACGGAGUAACUGGAUCACAAGCAAGGGCAGUAACAGGAAGGAAACCGAUAAAAACUUGAAGAGUCAAAGGAUUUUUCAAACAAUAGCACAGGAAUAUCACAAAAGAUAUCCUCGAAAAAGAGACCACCAAAAUGACGUAGAAGAAGAUGACACCAUAUAUCAAAAUACACAGGAGGUACGUCACACCUAGAACUUCAAGAUUACACUUCAGACUGCAGAACACAUUAAUCGAAAGAAACAUCUAUAUAUCUGUUUUGGAUUGACAUUCACUAGGACGUAGAUGGUAACUGAAGAAUGUUCAUUUAAAAUCAAGCACGAAGAAAAGAAACAUGUAGAAAAAAAUAUAUAUAUUUUUUUACUUUUUUCUUUUUGCCAACAUGCGUAGUAGACUUUGCAAG